AUUAAAAUGCAGGACUAUUUUGUGAAACCGCUGAAUAAUUCAUGUCACCACAGGCUUCUCAAGAUCUGUGUGGCCAGAAAAAAAAGAGAGUGUUGUUCUCAUCAUUUUGACUGUAUCCCAUGAACCCUGCACAGCAGAUGAUCGAUAAGACCAAACACAGCAAACAAGAGCUAAACCACAUGAACACUUGCUGCUGUUACGUGCUGUGACUCUGCUGCCUCAGUCCAUACCUUAAAACAGAGCUAGAUGUUAGUUGGAGUUUGGACAGUGGCCCUUUUGUUGGCUUUUCCAGCUUCAGGAAGCUUGUUCCUCGGUUCCUCAAGGCAUGAUUGCUGGGGAGGGUCGCUAGAUGACAAGGAGGUCUAGUAUGCUUGGAGAAAGUGAUCCAUUAGAUGUAGAUUCCAGCAACUACCAGCAGGGCAGGAACUAACAGCCAAACCUACAGGUGAAAUCACUCACCCCCUUACACCUGAAACAAUCAGUUCAGAGAGACAGGCAUGGCUCAGUGAUCUCCACUGUUCUCCACAAUCUCUUGCUUUCCAGCUCCCCAAUCAUGGAGAACGUAACCUUAUACCUCCAGGAAGACAUCAUGGACUCAUUCAGCACAAAGAACCUGGCCCUGCAGGCCCAGAAGAAGCUCAUGAGCAAGAUGGCAACCAAGACGGUGGCCAACCUCUUCAUAGACGACAUCAGCAGCGAGGUACUUGACGAGCUGUACCGGGUGACCAAAGAGUACACACGCAACCGCAAGGAGGCCCAGAAGAUCAUCAAGAACCUCAUUAAGAUGGUGGUCAAGUUGGGCGUCCUCUACCGCAACGGGCAGUUCAACAACGAGGAGCUCGCGCUGGUUGAGCGCUUCCGGAAGAAGGUACACACGCUGGCAAUGACAGCCGUCAGCUUCUACCAGAUCGACUUCACCUUUGACCGCCGCGUCAUGAGCAACCUGCUCAACGAUUGCCGCGAACUGCUGCACCAGGCCAUCAACCGGCACCUGACGGCAAAAUCUCAUGCCCGUAUCAACCACGUCUUCAAUCAUUUCUCCGAUUGCGAGUUCCUUGCGACGCUGUACGGACCUUCGGAAGUGUACCAUGGGCACUUGCAGAAGAUCUGUGAAGGAGUCAACAAGAUGCUGGAUGACGGCAAUCUUUGACCACUACCUGUUGUCUUUUUUUAUGGAAAUGCUAAAUUUAUUUGAACACUUUCUUUUGUGUGUUUUAAAUGGAGCUUAAGCUCGGAAUAUCUCGUGCCUUAUUUGUGCAUUGGACACUUAAUCAUCUGUCUUGAAUGUACGUCUGUCCUUCUAGUGGAACGUCUUUCUUCUUGACUCCUGUAUUUUUAGAAACGGGGGUUAGAGGUGGUUUACAGCGCAAACCUAACGUGACCCAAUGCAAAUCUUGCUCCUGUUCGUCCAAAGGUAAUUUUAGAGCGCAGUUUGUUUAAGAUCCACCAUCAGAGGAAAUGAAGGACCAUUUCCAAACCUUUCUGAUGCUGAGAGGAUAUUUCAAGCACUGCAAAUACGAAAUGCACUGGGGGAUAUGUAUGAAACGUUUCAUCUCUAAUUUUAGGAAAUGAGCCUGCAGCAUCACCCUCUCACUUCCCGAAAAUAGACAUGCUAAAUCCGGAGCCCAAAAGGACUGUUUUUGGACAUGUCUUUUGUGAUUCAUUGUCAGGUUGAUGUAAAACUAUUUGUAAACAAUCACCCGUUAUUUCUAAACUUGGUCAUAAAUCAGUUUACGUUCAUCUUAUGUUUGAUUUUCCACUCCAUAUCGCCCCUCCCUGCUGAUGGGAGGUCUUUACUGCGAUGCAGUUCCUUAUCGAGGAAUGAAGAAUGUGCUAGAAUGUCACUGUACUUACCUUUCGGCGUGUUUAUUUACUGUUUUAAUGAAGGUUUUAUGUGUAUAAAUACACGACUGAGCCGUUAUUUCCCUGAUACGUCACUUCUGAUUGUUUUUAACUUAUGUGAACAAAAAAUUCAACAACUAAGUCUAACUGUCCCAUUUCUACCAUCAGUUUGUUUUAGCUCCAGUGGUUUUGAACGAUUAUUUUGUCCAUUGUACUGGGUGUAUACAAGUUCAGAUCUUACGACAUCACCUCUGGGAUGUUGGUUACCACAAAAACAAAAUGUGCAUACAGAAAUGCUUUCAGUAGGAGUCUAUGAGGCAACUGUGUACUUGUCCAAUAGACUUGCAUUGUAUGUGCAAAUCUGCCCACAUGUUUUAUAUUUGUACGUGUACUUGAUUUUAACCUAGGAUAUUCCAAACUUGUCUUUUUACAAAAUGACAUACUGAAAGUAUCACAAAGUUUGAGGUCUAUAUAAGGCUCUUAUUGAACAGUUUAAUGUGUCCUCUUGGGCUCAAAACUUUAUUUUUCUGUAUCUAUGCACUUAUUAUGAUUAAUGCUGUUUAGUCUGGCAAGUCAAUAGCAGAUGGUUGUUUGAAUUUGUCUUCUUGUCACUAGUAUUUUUUUUAUUUUUUUAAGGUAAAGUUCCAGCUUACAAAUAAAGUAUCAAUUUCAAGGGGAAAAAAGUUAAACUUUUGAUUAACUUUGAUGGCGGUGAAAGCCAUACCUCCUGAUUAUACUAAAACCUCUCAGGGUUCAGUCUCGAAUGCCUCUUACAUGUGGUGUUUUGGGCCAAUUUAAACAGAUAAAGGACCGGAUACCUUAUUUUGCUUUGUGCAGAUAUCAUCUGAGCAUUAAGACUAUCUUUCACAUUACAACAUGUUUCUAAACUAGAAUGUUAAAGGCUAUUUUUGUUAAUCACAAACAAGUCCUGUUAAUGUAUGUUGUUUUCUUUUUCUAAAAAUUAUGUAUAUAAAUACAGUAUUGGUGUGUGUGCCUAUAUAUAAAUGUGUCAUUCUUAAGA